GUUCUCACACGCACACGUAUGUCUGACGGUCUGUGUUCUACAGGUAUUACGGUCAGCCAUGACUCUGCAGAGCUUCUCCUUCCCUGUUGCUGAGACUCGAUUGCUCCGAGCUGGUAGUUUCAUCUACAAGUUUAAGAUCAGAAGAAGCUUCAGUGGGGAGGAGGUGAAUCAGGAACUGGAGGACAUCAUUCGAACUGUUAUUGGCAACCUGGACACACUUCAACCCUUCUCUAGUGAACACUUCAACGUCUUCCCUACAGAUAAGAAGCAGUGGGAGGGGCUGUCUGAGGAGAUGUGCAAACAUGGCAGGAAGACGCUAAGAGCUUACCCUUUUGUCCUUCUGCUCAAUCUGGAAAAAAAACCACAAAAAGGAAAACAAACAAAGAAGAAUCCAGGGAAAGUGAUCAAGCAGCACUGCUGUGAAUGUGAGCCUGUGUCAAAGUGCUGUAAGAGAGACUCAACACUAGAGGGCGCCAUACUACAGGACUUAAUUGAGGACAUGGUGGCUGACAGCGACGCUGCUAUGGUGGGGCCUCACGUGGACAGUCCUCACGCAGAGGGAGAGGUCAACGAGGACACAGGAAAUGUCGAUGAGCAAGGGGCCGAAGGGUCUGAAAAAGCCCAGCUGAAAUCAGGCAUCAACAUGAUUAGAGGACGUGGGAGUCCAGGCAAAGUGGAUUUGGAGACAGACCAAGAUGUAGAAGAGGAGGAGGAAGAUAACGCAGCCUCACAGUCACAGGAAGAGUCAAAGUCAGGGAUUUUGACUCGACUGGCCAGCUAUAUCUUCCCUUUCCCCUUGUUCUUCAGAGACUCAUAAGUUUUAAAAAGAAGUUUCAUUGUUCAAGUUAUUUUGGUUUGCUCCAACAUGUGUUGAUUUCAUAAUGUAUGUAAGCAGUAUAGUUUUGUUUCUGCUGUUGCCUCCUUUCAUCAUACAUGAUACGUUGACUUGUUCCAUGUGUUUUUGUAACAUGUCGUUUUGACAAAUAAAUGCUUUCUCCUCUG